UCAGUGUAAUAUGGUGGGCUCGACUUCACUUCAGUGCAACGAAACCGGAUAUUGUCCUUGUCAUCCUAAUGUUGUUGGAAUGCAGUGUGACUUGUGUCAAACAGGGUUCUUCAACUUUAGUUCACACAACCCUGAUGUUUGUGAGGAUUGUGACUGCAUCUCCAACUUCUCUUUGUCACCUGAGUGCAAUGAAAUGGGAAAAUGUAUGUGUAAACCAGCAGUCACUGGGGAUCGUUGCACGGUCUGUGAAGAUGGAUUUUUCAACAUUACAAGGAACGGUUGUACUGACUGUCUCUGUAACAUAAUUGGGACUCAACCCACAUCUGUUUGUAGCAAGACCAGUGGACAAUGUGUGUGUUAUGAUGGAGUCACAGGAUUGAUGUGUGAUAAAUGUGAUGCAGGAUUCUUUGGAUUUGGUAUUCGUGGUGUCGGAUGCUCAGAGUGCUUCUGUAAUAAUCAUUCAAGAGCCUGUUCUCUGGCUAAUGUAACACUACCAAAAGAAGAAUUUAUUGAAACAAAGUUUGACAGUACAUCAGCACAGGGUUGGACUGGUAUUAAGAGUGGAGGCGAUCUAAAUACUGUUGCUGUGUUUCAGGAUGAUUCAAAUGAUAGGGCUCUGGUGUCCUUUACCAGUACAGAAGAUGAAUUUUUUGUUGCACCAUUGAAGUACCUUGGUGAUCAGUCUGCUUCUUAUCAACGUGUCAUACAAUUCCGGUUGGGUGUAUGGAGACAAAAUACUGGUGCAAGUCAGCCAACUCUUAUGAGCAAUCCAGCUGGGGAUCUGUUUAUCAAGGGCAGAUCGUUUGUCAAUCCUAUUUAUCAUGUGUUGGGAACUGAAGUUGCAUCUGAUGUUGUGGAUUUCUUUCAAGAUUUGAAAACGUAUAAGGUGUUGCUAGUUGAAUCCAAUUUUAUGAUUAAUGCUGGAGUGCCAAGGCUGAUUACUACUAGUGAGAUGAAAAGUGUCCUUGAAGAUGUCGAAUAUAUUCGCUUGCGAGCUGACUUUGGCCAAACUGAUUCAUUACUGUUUGGUGCUUUGAAUGAUGUUUCUCUUCAACGUGUCGUCUUUCUGCCAAGUGAAGAAACUAUUGAGAACUGCACGUGUCCAACUGGAUUUGAAGGCAUGUCUUGCGAGAGCUGUUCAACUGGAUUUAAACGAGAGGUUGUCGGAGGAAACUCAACUGUGCCGUGUGUUCCAUGCGAUUGCAAUGGUCAUUCAACGCAGUGUGAAGUGAGCUCAGGCAUCUGUUUCAACUGUACGGGCAACACAGAGGGCAACUUUUGUGGGAAAUGCAAGGAUGGAUUCUUUGGUGAUCCGAUUACUGGAGACUGCAGUCCUUGCAACUGCGAUUCUAUUGGCUCAUCUGGAUUAGUUUGCAACAAGGCAACGGGAAAAUGUCCAUGUAAACCAAAUUUCGAUUCUGGAGAUCGAACGUGUAGUCAGUGUAAUGAUGAGUUGUUCAAUAAGACAGCUGGCUGUCUCAUGUGCACUUGUAACGUAAGUCAUACCAUCAUUGGCAAUAACACAUGUAACAAGGACACUGGCCAAUGCCCAUGUUUGAAUGGAAUCAGUGGACGUACAUGUGACAAUUGUGCGAUUGGUUUUCAAGGCGUUGUCCCCAAUUGUGUCAGUUGUGGUCCAUGUUUCUUAAACUGGACAAUACUUAUUGAAGAACUGGUGACAAAUACUAACAAUGAGAACUUGCGUAUUAGGAGUGUUAUAGAAGGACACUAUGCCAAGUUUACUAUUGAACAGUUGACAAACAAUGUGACAACGUUGCGAUCGGUGCUAAUGACUAUCUUGGGCAACCUUCAAGUCAACAGCACGGCUAUUGCUGAGGAAGUGUCGUCAUUACAGACACGACUGUCUGCCAUGAUGGUAAACGACAGCCUUGCCAUGUACAUGGCUUUGUAUGAGACAGUCAAGAGCACUCUUGACCAUGUCGACAACUCUCUGAGCAUGACCAACUCAUUCAAUGGGACCGUGAAAUUGACAAAUGGGAUGUACACGGAUAAUGAAUACAUUUUGGAUUGGGCCAUGCGUCUGAAUAACAGCGCAAGCGAUGCUUAUGAAUCAUCUGAAAUGAAGCUGACUGAAAUCACGGCUAACAAGCAACGUGUAGUCGCUGCUGAAAGUCAGGCAGAUGUCGCCAAAAUGACUACAGAAGAAGCUGUACACAGAGCCGCUCAUGCUGAUAGUAACACAGCUGCCACUCGCACAUUUGAGACUGAGUUUAGAGAGAUUUAUCACAACAAUACUGAGAAGCUGAUGUCGUUGAUCAGUCAGCGGGAUGCCAUUGAGGAAGAUCUGACAAUGUAUGAGGAAGAGUCAGCUAAUGCUACAAAGUUGGCCAUGGAUGCUAAUGAUACGGCUGCAGAUGCUCUCCUUUUGGCUAAACAGAAACGAGCUGAGGCUACUAAUGAUAACAAAACUGCUAGUGAAACCCGUGCUAAGGCUACUGAUUCUUUCGAUACAAUUUGCCAACUUUAUGAAAAUGUCGAUGCCGCUAAGAAUACUUCUAUUGCUGCCGAUGAGAAAGCAACACGUGUGCUUGCUGCAAUCAACAGUUCUACGACGCUGCUUGAUAUGAAAGAAACAGUCUUAGUGAACGCUGAAGAGACUGCUAACAAGACAUUGGCUCUGCAGUUGGAGUCAGUAGAUAGGAUUACUCAGUUGUCAAGAGACAUAAACGAAACUAUUGUGCCUGAAGUGACGGUGAAUGACACAGUGCUUGAUGCCAAUGAGGCGCUAAGGAGAGCACAAGCUGUACAACAUAGUGCAAGUUUGGCAUUGAAUGUAAGUCAAGAGGCAGCAAGUUUCAUCGAUGACAUUGAAACUGGCUUGUCUACAGCAAGGGAUAGUCAACUAAUUGGAGAAUCAAAGAUCAAUGACACACUGGCGGUGGACGCUGCAGCACGCAAGGAUGCAACAAUGAUUCAUACGCUUACUAGUGAAACCCACAGUCUUACUACCCAAUCGAGAGAUAUUGCUAUGCAAGCACUGCACACUGUUGGUUUAGUUGAAAAAUGCCGCAAUACUGCCAUAGACGACUUGAAUAAUGCUAACGAUUUGCUUUCGACCGCUUGUAAUGUUACUGGACCAGCCAUUGUCGCGAAUGGUACAAUGGUGUACAAACACGCUCGAGACCUGAACGCAUCUUCAGCUCUCUCAGCAGCAACUUCUGACAGUGAUACGGCUGAUAGCCUCUUGUCAGAAGCUGAACGUCUGCACAGGGAUGUUGCCAACUACAAUAUUGUCAAAAGGCUGAAGGCUGUGAUGGAUGAUUACGACAGGCAAAAGCUGAAACUAGAAGCAAAAACAGCCAAGCUUGUACAACUUGAAAGUGAAUUAGAUAGCCUGCUAGGUCAGGUGGAAACAGUUUGUGGAUCUUCGCCAUAAUGAGGACAGUACUGAAACCCAGUCCAGCACUUAGUUGCACUUGGUGAUGAUUUUAUGGGGCGUGAUGAUGUUUAGCUUAGGUGUUGAGUAAUUUCUAGUUGUAACACUUGCAGAUUGGUCUUUCUUGUAUGGGCGAAUUCUUGCCAUGUUUAGAUAUGAGUGUGGUUUAGAUAUGAGGUCUGGUUUAUUAAAGUUCGUAAUGGCCGUAGUUACUCGA